AUGGGUGUGAAAGGUCUCAACUCGCUAGUUAAAGAGCAUGCUCCAGAUGCUUUCAAAGAGUUCACCAUGAAGACCCUCUUUGGUAGGAAAGUUGCCAUCGACGCCUCCAUGUGUCUAUACCAGUAUCUUAUUGCUGUGAGACAGCAAGAUGGUCAGCAAUUGACCUCAGAAGACGGGGAAACCACCUCGCAUUUGCUGGGGAUGUUCUACAGAACGAUACGAAUGGUGGAAAACGGGAUGAAACCCAUGUACGUUUUUGACGGGAAACCUCCAGUGUUGAAAGGAGGAGAGUUGGAGAAGAGAAUGUUGAAGAAACAAGAGGCAAUGGGAAAGCUUGAGGAGUUGAAAGAAACAGGUACGGUGGAGGAGCUACUCAAGCACGAGAAGAGAACCGUGAGGGCUUCCAGACAGCAGAAUGAAGAAGCACAGAAGUUGCUCAAGUUGAUGGGCAUUCCCUACAUGAUAGCACCUUGCGAGGCUGAAGCGCAGUGUGCUGCUCUAGCAAAGGGCGGCAAGGUGUUUGCAGCAGCCUCGGAGGAUAUGGACACGCUUUGCUACGAGCCACCAUUUCUUUUGCGCCACUUGACGGUUGCAGAAGCAAGGAAGAUGCCGAUUGACCAGAUAGAGUACCUGGAAGUUCUCAAAGGUUUGGGAAUGGACAGAUCGACAUUUGUGGACUUGUGCAUUUUGCUUGGCUGCGAUUACUGUGAGACCAUCAAGGGCGUGGGGCCUGUCACUGCUUUCAAGCUUAUCAAGGAGCACGGUUCAUUGGAAAAUAUCGUCAAGUGGAUCGAGGCCAACCCAGACAAAACCAAAUACAAGCUCCCGGAAAACUGGCCAUGGGCCGAAGCCAAGGAGUUGUUCAUGAACCCAGAUAUCACUCCAGUAACUAAAGCAGAGGACGUGGAGUUGAAAUGGGAAGAGCCUGAUGUGGAUGGUCUUGUGGAAUUUAUGGUGCAACAAAAGGGCUUCAACGAAGACAGAAUUCGCAGUGGUGCCGAGAAGCUCAAGAAGGCAUUGAAAGGCGGUGUCCAGGGCCGACUCGAUGGCUUCUUCACCGUGGUCAAGCUGCCAUCGUCCAAAAAGAGAGCUGCCCCUGAAGCCAAGGGCAAGGGGAAGAAGAAAAGCAAACGAUGA